AUGUUUGCAGGCCUCCAGAACCCGCGCAGCUUGGCCGCCCAGCUCAUGAACUUUGGGCUGGUGCUUUCCACGGCUUUCAUGAUGUGGAAAGGCCUGUCCAUCGUCUCCGACUCUCCCUCCCCCAUUGUCGUCGUCCUCAGUGGCAGCAUGGAGCCGGCGUUCCAGCGAGGCGACCUGCUCUUCCUGUGGAACCGCCAGCUGCUCAGCGAGACCUCGGUCGGCGAAAUUGUUGUCUACAACGUCAAGGACAAGGACAUUCCCAUUGUCCACCGGAUAGUGCGCAAGUUUGGCCAUGGCGACAAGGCGAAAUACCUGACGAAAGGAGACAACAACGUGGCGGACGACACUGAGCUCUUUGCCAAGGGCCAGGACUACCUCGAACGGUCUGAUAUGAUUGGCAGUGUGGUUGGAUACAUCCCUUUCGUGGGCUACGUCACGAUCCUGCUGUCAGAGUAUCCCUGGCUGAAGACGGUUAUGCUGGGCAUAAUGGGCCUCAUGGUGGUGUUACAGCGAGAAUAA